CAUUUCUCAACUCCCCUUUUAUUUUUUUUUUUCACAAGGGUCUAACCAUAUGAUUCACAUAAUUCAUAUUUACAGUACCAUCUUUCUAUCUGUAUCUUCAGCUACCAGCGAGUGUAGUACUGAAAGUGAGAAAGGCAAAAGAAACACAAUAAUCUGGCCAGGGAAUCACUAGAAAAAACUAAAUUACCAUCCUUUUCUUCUAAUAAACCCUGUUUCUGUCUGAGCUUUAUCAAAUCAAUGUAUUUAUUAAUUUGCUGUUUUAUUUUGUUUAAAUAUGCUGAAGUAGAAGAACCGAGGAGUGAAAGUGUUAUGCUUGCUGGGGAGUUGCUUUCUAUUUGUAAUGCUGUUCAUUAUUUUUGUAUUGACUGUAUUCCUGUACUAGAUGCUGUGGCUUCUAUUUUUUAUUUUUAUUUUUUCUUCUUAUACUCCUAAUCCAGAUAAUGUGUGAUUGAGCCUGGUAAAUGUAGUAGUCUUUGCUGCUGCAGAGGGGCAGCCUGCAAAUUAAACACUGCCACAAUCUGAAAGGUCCAGGUGGUCUGCUCGUGCUUCCUAAUGCAAUCCAGCACAACAGCUUUAAUAAACAGCUCUAUUUAGUUCUCCCUCCCUGUAUCCAGGGAAGUGAACUGGGGCUGCUGUGAUGAAAUGCCAGAAGAAUAUCUCUCAAAGGCCUCACAAGCUGAUUUUUAGAGCUUUUCCGUUUUGUCGUCUUUGUCUUCCAAAUGGACAUGAAUACAUUAAAAAACCCACAGGCGAACAUCGACCAAUGUGAGGACGGGACAGAGGGAACAUGCUAACCAACCUACUUGCUCGCUGGUCACCUGUUCUCUGCAUAAGAACCAUUUAGGCAUGAACUUUGCAAUAAAUAGCUGCUAGAGAGAGAGAGAGAUCAACAAGGUCACUUGCUCUUUUUCUUUCUCUUAGUUUUUUUUUUUACUCUGCUUUCUGUGCUGUCAUGAUAUUAUGCUUAUUAUUUUGCAAACAGAAUAACUGAGUGUGCUUGGAAAUAAUGCCUGAGCCCCAAACAUCCUCAAUGAGCAGAAGAUAAAACAGAUUCUGAUCAUCAAGAAAAAAUUAAGAUGUGUACAUUUGUGUAAUGUUUUAUGGGGCGUAUAAUGGUGCAAACACAAGAAUAAUUGCAAACUGUAUGUGAUCCAAUGAUAGCUGGACAAGUCAGUAAGCCCUUGCUGUCACUGCGGAGUGAAAUGAAUGCAGAGUUGAGAGGUGAGGACAAGGCAGCUACUUCAGACAACGAGCUGAAUGAGCCCUUGCUUGCGCCUGUGGAAUCAAAUGACAGCGAGGACACUCCCAGCAAGCUCUUCGAGGCCAGAGGAAACACAGUGCUACCUGAUACAAGCCCAGCAGACCAGCACCAACCCAGUCAGUCCCAUCCUGCAUUCCCUGUUGGGCCUCAGCCACUACUGACAGCCCAACAGUUAGCCUCAGCAGUAGCAGGGGUGAUGCCAGGAGGCACUCCAGCCCUGAAUCAGCCAAUCCUUAUUCCUUUCAACAUGGCUGGGCAGCUGGGGGGCCAACAAGGACUCGUCCUAACUCUACCUACAGCAAAUCUCACCAACAUCCAAGGACUGGUAGCAGCAGCUGCAGCAGGAGGCAUCAUGACUUUGCCAUUGCAAAAUCUACAAGCUACCUCAUCCCUGAACUCCCAGCUUCAACAGCUUCAGCAUCUUCAGCAGCUCCAGCAUCAACAGCAGCAGCAGCAAAGCCAGCAGCAGCAGCAAGCUCAGCAGGCACAGACUCCACAGCCAACUCAGCAGACCCAGCAAACACAGCCACAGCCAUCAGCAGCACCACAGCAGAACCAAACACAGUCCCAGAGCCAGAGCCAACCACCUCCAGCCUCACAGUCCUCCAACUCCCCUCAGAAACCCAGCCAGUCACCAGGGCAUGGCCUUCCAUCUCCUCUUACUUCACCAAAUCCGUUGCAGCUGGUUAAUAAUCCACUAGCAAGCCAAGCAGCAGCAGCUGCAGCAGCAGCAGCCAUGGGCUCAAUAGCAAACUCCCAGGCCUUUGGAAAUGCCCUCUCCAGUCUUCAGGGGGUCACAGGCCAGCUCGUCACUAAUGCACAAGGACAGAUUAUUGGAACAAUCCCACUGAUGCCUAAUCCAGUCCCGUCCAGCCAGGCGGCAGGUGGAGCUCAGGGACUUCAGGUGCAGCCGAUAACUCCACAGUUAUUGACCAAUGCCCAGGGUCAGAUCAUCGCCACUGUCAUCGGCAACCAGAUACUCCCAGUGAUCAAUACCCAGGGAAUAACACUAUCGCCGCUCAAACCAGGCCAGCAGCUCCAUCAGCCUUCCCAGACGCAAGUGGGACAAGCCGCUUCACAAUCCAAUCUCCUGCAUUUGGCUCACAGUCAAGCAUCUAUGUCUCAAAGCCCAGUGCGUCAGGCUUCCUCUUCUUCUUCCUCAUCCUCCUCCUCUUCAGCUUUGAGUGUUGGCCAGUUAGUCAGCAAUCCUCAGACAGCCACUGGAGAAGUGGAUGGGGUAAAUCUGGAAGAAAUACGAGAAUUUGCCAAAGCUUUUAAAAUCCGGCGCCUGUCCCUUGGCCUGACACAGACUCAAGUUGGCCAAGCCCUGAGUGCCACCGAAGGCCCAGCCUAUAGCCAGUCUGCCAUCUGCAGACACACCAUCCUGAGAAGCCACUUUUUCCUACCACAGGAAGCCCAAGAGAACACUAUAGCUAGCAGUCUGACAGCCAAACUGAACCCUGGCCUUUUGUAUCCUGCCAGGUUUGAAAAGCUGGACAUCACCCCUAAAAGUGCCCAGAAGAUAAAGCCGGUGCUUGAGCGGUGGAUGGCUGAGGCUGAGGCCCGCCAUCGAGCAGGGAUGCAGAACCUUACCGAGUUUAUUGGGAGCGAACCAUCCAAAAAGCGCAAGAGGCGUACCUCAUUCACGCCACAAGCCCUUGAAAUCUUGAAUGCCCACUUUGAGAAGAACACGCAUCCCUCUGGGCAAGAAAUGACAGAGAUUGCAGAGAAACUGAACUAUGACCGGGAAGUAGUUAGAGUUUGGUUCUGCAAUAAGAGGCAAGCACUGAAGAACACAAUUAAACGUUUGAAACAACACGAGCCUGCAACGGCAGUUCCUAUGGAGCCUUUAACAGACUCUCUGGAAGAAAACUCCUAAAAGCAAAACAAAAAAAGCCAAAUCACACAGAAAAAAAAACCCCACACCAACUGAAACGUGUCCAUUUGAACUCUGUGAAAAUACCUAUUCAUCACCCUUGUAAGUAAAAGACUGAGAAAACUACAAGAAGGACUGAACAGUUUAUAGAUGUCCGUGGGUUUUCCUAGUAAAAAAAAAAAAAAAAAAAAAACUUAAAAAAAA